UUUGCUGGGGCUUUCUCUAUUCGAAUUUAUCCCUUUGAAACAAAUGGCUAAGAAGAAGCCAGCAUUGCUGGAAACACUGCAAUUCUUCCUUUGAUUCGGACCAGCCUCAUUUGAAGGUACGACUACGAAACCAUCAUCUAAUGCUGCUUCCUCAAUCAAUUUCAUUUCAUAAUCCUUUGUUUCAACCUCUAAAUUUCACCUAGAAUAUGCACGCUUUAAGCCCUUUUCCUUCUAAGGGUAACCACUCGUUGGUUCCUUCUCCUUUUGCGGGAUUUGAAUCUAGUCCUUCUCCCAAUAGGAGAAGAAAGGUGAAGCUUGGUUUUGUGUUUUCUCUGUCUCGUAGAACAUGUAUUGGUGAUAUUCGAUGCUCAAGAAGCUUUUCAAGUGGUUACAGUAUUGUAUCAUGUGUUGGGAACCCAAAUUUUGAUUUUAGAUUAGGGUUUUUGUUUGGAUACUCUAAAGUGAAUUUUGUUACACCUAUGGCGCGGACGCUGGAGGAUCAGGGUAUUAUUGGUAAUGAAUUGGUGGAGGAUCAAAGUGAAGGUAUUAACUGUCAGCAAGAGAUGCAUGGUGGUGAAUGCAGUGGGACUGAGUUGUUUGAGGAGGAGGCAGUUUCUGCUGAUGGUUCCUCAGUUAGCAGUGAGUCAGAGGGUGUGUACUCUUCGAAUUCGGAUCAAACCGAAGGUAUCAACUAUGAACAAGAGAUUCAGAGUGAUAACAAUGCUGGGGAGGAUGGAAGAGAAGAGAGUGAUGUUAAGGUUGAUGUGAGAGCACUUGCAACAACCUUGCAGUCCGCUAAGACGGUUGAGGACGUGGAAGAUAUUCUUAAGGACAAGGGGGAGUUGCCCCUUCAGGUGUAUUCAACCAUAAUAAAGGGAUUUGGUCAAGACAAGAAAAUGAAUUCUGCGUUGAUUCUUUUUUAUUGGAUGAAGAGGAGGAAGAUAGAAACUAAUGGUUCUUUUGGCCCCAAUCUUUACAUAUAUAAUGCCGUGUUAGGUGUUGUUAAACAGUCUGAACAAUUUGAUGAAAUGGAGACCAUUUUAAAUGAAAUGGCACGAGAUGGAAUCGCCUAUAAUGUUGUGACAUAUAAUACCUUGAUGGCUAUUUACAUUGAGAAAGGGGAAGCUGGCAAAGCGCUCGAUAUGCUUGAGGAAAUUCAUAGAAAUGGCCUUAUCCCGUCUCCAGUAUCCUAUUCUCAAGCUUUGCUGGCAUAUCGAAGAAUGGAAGAUGGGAAUGGAGCUCUAAACUUUUUUGUUGACUUCAGAGAAAAGUAUCGACAAGGUGGAAUAGGGAGAGAUGACGAUGGUGAAGAUUGGGAGAGUGAGUUAAUAAAGCUUGAGAAGUUUACAAUCCGUGUUUGCUAUCAAGUAAUGCGUCGUUGGCUUGUCAGUCAUGAUAAUUCGAGCAACAAUGUAUUGAAGCUUCUUAUUGAUAUGGACAAUGCUGGAAUUCCACUGGGGCGUGCUGACCUUGAGCGACUUGCAUGGGCUUGUACUCGUGAAGACCACUAUAUUGUUAUCAGAGAGGUAUACACAAGGAUAAGGGAAAGGUAUGAUAAGAUCAGCUUGUCUGUCUGCAAUCAUGUAAUUUGGUUGAUGGGGAAGGCAAAAAAGUGGUGGGCUGCUUUGGAGAUAUAUGAAGACUUAUUGGACAAAGGGCCAAAGCCAAAUAACUUGUCAUAUGAACUGAUAACCUCUCACUUUAAUGUCCUUCUCAGUGCAGCCAAGAAAAAAGGAAUUUGGAGAUGGGGUGUGAGGCUGAUUAACAAGAUGGAAGAUAAAGGCCUAAAACCGGGAAGUAGGGAAUGGAAUUCAGUUCUUAUGGCCUGUUCGAAGGCUGCAGAAACUACUGCUGCUGUGCAAAUAUUUAAGAGGAUGGUGGAAAAUGGUGAAAAACCAACUGUGAUUUCAUACGGGGCUUUGUUGAGUGCUCUUGAGAAAGGAAAACUCUACGACGAGGCCCUCCGUGUGUGGGACCAUAUGAUCAAAGUUAGGGUUGAACCAAAUGCAUAUGCCUACACAAUCAUGGCAUCAAUUUAUACUGCACAAGGAAAUUUUAGUAGAGUAGAUGCAAUCAUCCGAGAAAUGGUAACAUUGGGAAUUGAGAUAACAGUAGUUACAUAUAAUGCAAUUAUUAGUGGUUGCGCACGAAAUGGUAUGAGUAGUGCAGCAUAUGAAUGGUUUCACCGGAUGAAAGUUCAAAACAUCUCUCCCAAUGAGAUCACUUAUGAAAUGUUGAUUGAGGCACUUUCGAAUGAUGGAAAGCCUAGGCUGGCAUAUGAGUUGUAUAUGAGAGCUCAAAGUGAAGGCCUUAUCCUUUCUUCAAAAGCUUAUGACUUGGUUGUGCAAUCCUCUGAGGCUUAUGGUGCUACCAUCAAUCUAAGUUCUUUAGGACCACGUCCGCUCAAUAAAAAAAGGAAGGUUCAAAUUAGAAAAGCAAUGAAAGAAUUCUACAACUUGGCUGAUGUUUCCGGGAGAAGUAAACCAUUUGAUAAAAGUGAAAUUUGUUACACACAGUCACAAGAAUUGAAUUAGUUAGUACAGAAUAGGAUAAUCAGAUAUUUUACUACCUUUGUAUAUUCGGCUUUGUUGUUGUUUGAGCUUUUUCUAUUCUCAGACGGUAAAAGUGAAAGAAUUGUUGUAAUAUUUCUUCUCCAUAUGUGAGCAAAAUCCAGAGGUCAGCGCAUUCUCUGAAAUUAUGGCUCAAAACAUAAUCAAAUGUUUAGUUGCAAGAUAAGUACAUUCCUUAGGGAAAUUUUUGUUUC